AUGGCUGGGCGGAAGUCACAGAGACUUCGCAACCAAAAGAGUGCGGCGAAUAAGGACGGAAAGAAAAAGGCCAAAGUCAAGUCUAAGAAGGAAACAUCGAAGAAAGUCGAGCCCGUUCCUCCAGUCGUUGUGAAGAGCGAACCUCCAUCCGAAGAGCCGCAGUCGUGGAAGAGCUUGGAGCCAUCUGUCCGCGCAUCCCUUCUCAGUGGCUCGCAGACCGCCGAAUCUGAUGAGGCCCAGCCGAGAGCUCCCAAAGCCGUGAAACUUCUCGACUCUGACGGCAGCGACACAGAAUCGAUGAGCGCUCCUGCCGAAAUCCCUGUCCGAAACAACAUGUAUCAAGAAAACAUGUACGAACGAGUCAAGUCCAAGCGAACGGUGAAUCCGGCGAACUUGUCCGUCAAACCGAAACCGUCCAAAAAAGCUGAAAAGACGAAGAAAGAGGUGCCUUCUCGACGAAAUCUUCGAUCGAACGCGAAGGAAAACAAGGAGGAGGAAGCAAAAGCGGCCGAAACUGGCAAGAAACGAUCGAAAAGCAAGAAGAAAAAGGGAAGUUCCGCGAAAAAGGCGACGACGAAAGACAAAGAAGAGGAAAAAGAAGAAGGCAACAAGGAUGAAAAAGCACCAGAAGGUCAACCUGAUGAAGAAGAAAUGGAAAGACAUGUAGAGCAAAGAGUUGAAGAGCCCGCUAGAUACAUCGAAGCCCCGCUGCGAAUCGAACGAGAGCCAGAAGAAAAUGACGCCGGGAACGACAUCGUCGAGCCAGUUGAGACGUUCAAGCAUCGUUCCAUUUUGGAGUUCUUCAAGCCUGCACCGAAGCGGCCACCGAUGAAAGAAGCUGUCAAUUUUAAACGCACUAGAGUUGUGCCAGCGCCUGAAGAUGUUCAUAAGAGUAUCAGUGUCGGCACUUCUCCUCCUUACUGGACAUCAUCGCUUCCAGAAAUGAUCGACGACUCAACCGGCCUUGGAAAGGAAGGAGAAAUCGAGCAGAAAUCAGAUAAGAACUCCGAAUCAAUCGAGGAUUCGUCGGUUUCGAACCUGGAAGAGGAGACUCCUCAAGUGCCAGAAGCAGCUGAGAAUUCCGUAGAAGAAAUUUCAGAACCGACCGAACCCGCCGCUGAAACCAACGAGGGGAAAUCAAACUCAGAGGCGCCUCUUCUCCCUUCUAUCGAAUCAAAGACGCCAGAGUCCGAAAAUGAAGGUGAAAUGGCGACUCAAGUUGAGCUCGAUGCUCCAGCCCCAGUGGAACCUGAUUUGAUGGAGGAACUGGAGCCGAUUUCGACUCCAGAAAAUUUCGAUUCUCCAGCUCAACAACCCGAGAAUGCUCCGAUCGACCAGAUCCCCGAACAAGUUCCAGUUGAAGUUCACGAUCUUCCUGAAAUUUACCUUCCUGAGCAACAACAAUUCAUGGUUACUGAAAACCACGAAUUUCAGGAAGACGAAGAUCUUUCACGACCAAAAUCAAUGAUCGAAGAAUCCGACCCGAGAGAGUUUGAAGCUACUGAAGAGCCAGCGAUGGAAACUUCCGAUUACGCUGUGUCCGACAAUGACGAUGAUGACGCCGAGCCGACAGCAGAAGAGAAAGCAGCAGCGAUGAGAGCGUUGAUGGAAGGCUUCGACAAAGAUAAACUCAAAGCUUUUACGGCAAAGAAAGUAUCCUACAGUAACACAGGAAAAGCUAAACAUGCAUCGGAUUGUAUGGUCGGCGAUAAUUUCUUCGAAAAAGGACUUAUUAAAAUUCGAGAAAGUUUUGAUUUCAUCGAGAUAUAUUCCGACGACGAAGACGAAGAGAACGACAGGUGGAACACGGGAAUGGCGAAAAAUAAUAUAAAAGAGCACUUGGUGUUCUUUGCCACUGGAGUAAUCUCCCAAAUCGAAAGUCUCCAGAUUGCUUGUGACAACUGGAAUAAGUUCACAGUUUAUGGUUGCGAGCAAAUGGGCUUCAAGAUCUUUUCAGAGAGGUUCACUGAAAACACGCUGCGAGCUCAACAAAAAGGUCCUAACAGAAAGAGAAAGCGACCACUUGAAAAAGAUAAAGGAACAGGAAAAGCAUGUAUCCAAACUGAGUUGCUGCCGACCAAGGAAAUUCGAAUUGCCCAAAUUCAGCACAAGGCAUAUACUGAUCGAGAAGCAGCCAAGAGCAAAUACCAUCUGUUCGAUGAGAAGACUGGCGAGGAGAUUGCGAGCAUGCAGUUUCCGAGGAAGAUUUAUCACAUUGUCAAGGACCCGACUUUCCACUGCAUGUUCUGGUUGGGCAUCUAUUGCGACCAGAAUCCAGUUGCGGAACAGUUGCCUGAUGGAUCCUUGGUCUGCACCAGCUUCAUUAUCAACAAACGCUGGGCAAGAGAAUCGCGCCAAGUGCUGGACAACUCCGACAAUUCCGGGAUUGGUAUCCUCUUCAACACGCAAAACUACCAAUCCCUGGUCCGCCAGUUGAAUCUCUACGGCUUCCGAAAAGUCAAGCGAAGCUCAUCAGACCCGACUUAUUCGAACUACCGCCACGCGCUGAGCUUGACGAAGCAUCCGCAAACAGGCGAGCCUUCGAACGAGCACGAUAUUGACGAGUUUAGACACUCUUUCUUUAGAGAAAGAUCGGAUAACAAAGUUCUGAACAUCAAACGUCAGAAGCCGUUCAAACCGACGGUGAAUGUCUGGCGCCCGCCAAAGUUCGAAAAGUCCCGCAACGCCGCUGCAAGAGCUCAGAUGCGGGAACGAGAACGCGAGCGAUUGGAAAUGACUCCCAUAUAUUCCCAGCGCGGUCAAGCUGGAGACGACGACCUGUCCGAUAAGUUCACGGAGAACAACAUGGUCAGCCACGCCGGGGGAGUCUUCCUCCUCCCGCCUGAGAAAGCUUCUGAAGUUGCGAAAAUCACUGGGAAGAAGCGUCCACUUCAGCAAAUCAAUGAACAGGACGGAGACGACCCAGAAGCUGCUUUUGGUCCACAAGGUUCUGCUUCAUAA